UUUAUUAGCCUUUUGCGACUGUUUGUUAGUUUUACCAUGAAAUCUAUGAAUUUGAAACCACCUGUUACAAUACGAAAGCACGCCAACCGGCCUAAAUGUAAUAAUGAUACAUCUAAAGAACCUGUUAAAGUUUUUUGUCGUUUGAGACCAAUGAUUUAUCCUAACGAUAUCUCAUGUAUAAAAAUUAUUUCUGACACAAGUUUGGUUAUUACACCAUCAGAAUCAGCAACAAACAUUCGUACUGCAAAUAAAGCUGUUCAAACUUGCUUUAGUCAUGUUUUUGGCCCAAAAGCUUCUCAAAAGGAAGUAUUCAAUGUUGUGGCUUUGCCACUUGUUGAAAACCUUAUUAAUGGCAAAAAUAGUUUACUCUUCACAUACGGUGUAACUGGAAGUGGUAAAACUUACACUAUGUCUGGUAAUGUGCAUGAUGCAGGCAUCAUGCCUUGUAGUUUAAACAUUGUUUUUAAUAGCAUAGUAAACUACCAAGCAAAGAAGUUUAUCUUCAAACCAGAUAAACUAAAUGGUUUUGACAUACAAAGUGAAGGUGAUGCACUGUUAGAUAGACAAAAUGAACUACAGAAGGUUGUCAGUUCUCACAAUGGAAAAGCUCCCAAAGCGUGUGAAGCAGAUAAUAACAAUGAUAGUAAUGAGAAUGCUUUAAAUUUAAGUAACCAAUCUGAAACUGUAGAUAUUGAUCAAGAUAAUGCAUAUGCAGUCUUUGUAACUUAUACUGAAGUUUAUAAUAACAGUGUAUAUGAUUUAUUGGAAGAAAAUGAAGGAAAAAUAAAGACCUUACAAAGUAAAAUUAUUCGUGAGGAUGGAAAUAGAAAUAUGUAUGUUCAUGGAUGCACUGAAGUAGAAGUGAAAAGUUCAGGAGAAGCAUUUAAAGUAUUUCAACGUGGUCAAUGUAAAAGACAUAUUGCAUAUACUAAUCUUAAUGCAGAAUCAAGUAGAUCUCAUAGUGUUUUUACUAUAAGGCUUGUUCAGGCACCACUAGAUAAGGAAGGUGAACAAAUUGUUCAAGAUAAAAGAGUGAUUUGUGUUAGUCAACUGUCUUUGGUAGAUUUGGCUGGAAGUGAACGUACAAAUCGUUCUAAAAACACUGGACAGAGACUUAGGGAAGCAGGAAAUAUAAAUAAUUCAUUGAUGACGCUACGGACUUGCCUGGAGAUACUUCGUGAAAAUCAGACUCAGGGUACAAAUAAAAUAGUCCCCUACCGAGAUUCGAAAAUAACACAUUUAUUUAAGAAUUACUUUGAUGGUGAAGGAAAUGUUAGAAUGAUCGUAUGUGUUAAUCCUAGUAUCGACGAUUAUGAUGAGACCAUACAAGUGCUGAAGUUUGCUGAAGUUAGUCAGGAAGUACAAAUAACAAGUUCUGCAACGUCAAAAUUAGAUUUGGGAUAUAUACCCGGUAGAAGACAGGCCAAUAAGAUAUUUAAAGAAGCCAGAAAUAGGCUAGAAAGUGCCGGUAAUCCAGAUGCCGCUGAUUUAGAACUUGAUUUAGGUCUAGUGUAUAGUCUCGGAGGACCUUUUCCAGAAAUGGAUUUAACAAAUCCGCAUAACGAUAAAGUAAUUACUACGCUUAUGCGUUUCUUAGAACUGCGUAUUCAGAAGCGGAAUGUGUUGCAAGAGGAUCUAAAACAGAAACAAACCAAUUUCAGAAAUAUGCUGGUAACAAUAGAACGGGAAAAUGUAUCGUUAAAAAUUGAGAACUCUACUAUAACAGCAUCAAAUGAUCAACAAAAGAAAAAAAUAUCUGCCUUGGAAGCUCACAUUUGUAAAACAGAAAGCCAAAUCGAUACUUUACUGUACAGAUUAAAUAGUGCAAAUGACUUAAUCAGAUAUAUGAAACAAGAACUAAAAGACAAGGAUAUGUUAUUGAAUCAGCGUGCAAUAGAUAAGCAAAGAGUAAAAGAAAAAUAUACUAGUAAAAUUCAAGCAGAAACUGAUAAAAUAAGUAAGGAAUUGGAAAGUAAACUUCGUCGACAACGUGAACUUCUCCAGAAUCAGAUGAAGGAGAAAGAAGAUAAACUGAAGUUAAUGAAGCAGAUAUUAGUAAGCGACAAAGAAAUCGGUGCGGAUGAAAAAUUAGAAUCCAAGGAAAGAGCUCAUGUGGCAAGUGAAGAAGAAAUGCCUAUAACAGUUAAUAUUACUACGACUACUCCAAUUACUGUUCCAAAAACAGCACCUUCUGCAGUAACUACAUCGAAAACCCCUGAAAAAGCUGCAUCUACUGUAAAAUGUGAAGAUAACAGCGAUGUUCGAUUAAGUAGAAAAGAAAGAAUACCAGUAGUGAAUUUGCGCUACAGACGAUCACAGAGUGCUGACAGAUGGAUCGAUCAUCGACCUGCUGGUUUGGUUCCAGUUGGAACUAUUCUUCAACCAUUCGUUCGACAUAAAAGAAAUGUUACACAACUGACAGAUCCGAAAGACAUAACAAACAGAGCAUCUAGAUAUUGUCUUGUUGCACAGGAACAAGAUACUGAUGGUGAACUUGAAACUAAAUUAUACAAAGGAGAUAUAUUGCCAACUAGCGGAGGAGGUGCACAAGUUGUAUUUAAUGAUAUGGAAUAUUUAAAACAAGUUUCACCUAUUGCAAGAAGGAAACGCAGUGGUUACCUAAGUCCGGAAAAAGAUUGCUGCUGUUCGCAAGAAAAUAAUUCGAAAAAACAGCGUGUAUAAUAAUUGCAAUG